AUGUCAAAUUUACAUGAAAGACAAAAUAUAACUGAAUGUGAUGUUCAAACAUCAUGUAAUGAUGAUUUACUUGGAAAUCAAAAUAUAACUGAAUCUGAUAUUCACUCAUCAUCAUCUAACAAUCAUUUAGUUGAUAAUCAAAAUAUUGAACCAUUAGAAAUUCAUAAUCCAUCAAAUAUAAAUCAGCACUUACCACAUCGUCGACCAACGAAACGAAAUCUUGAUGAAAUCAGAUAUGAUAAUGCAUUUCAACGUUCAAAUCAACAUCGAAUGUUUCAUCCUAAAAAAUACACUUCCCAUUUUAAUAAAAAUUGGUCGAAUAUUCAUACCAAAUAUAAUUAUGAACGUGAAAAUUCAUUGAAAAGAAUAAAACUUAAUCAAGAAGCUGAACAAUUUGGUCGUGCUUUUGGAAUGGCUUGGUCAACAUAUCGACGAUUUUAG